AUGUUAAUCUUAGGCGCAUAUGCCGCGAGUCUCACCGGACGAGUUCGGGCGCGGUACGAGCAGAAAGUGGCGAUGUGUGGAUCCGUCGAUCCGCUUCUACUCGACGAUGGGGACACUCUCGUGGAUGUCAACUUGUGUCCACGAGUGGAAACGACGGACAUCAAGGACUAUCUCGUGAAGGGAACAAGUUUCUACUCUAGAGAACAGUUCAAAGCUUCCAAGUCCCUGGAAGCGCAUAAUUACUUAACAAGCGGAUGGGUGAGCCAACCCAGGCUUGAAGUCCUGCCGGACAAGAAUGUCGUCUGUGUCGCGAAGGUAAAGCACUCCCAGACAUUCAGCACAAAGCCCCUGCUCCCAUGGGUCCUCCUACGACCAGACGGCGAGGUCCUCACCGCACACUGCACCUGCAUGGCCGGCUUGGCUGAAGCCUGUUCCCAUGUUGCGGCUAUCCUUUUCUACAUGGAGGUGGUGGUGAGGCGCAUGGAUAGUCAGGCCUGCACAGAUGGGGAAAAUGCGUGGCUGCCACCAACAGUCAACAAGCUGGUCUGCAAGACUGUAGCCGAGAUAGACUUUGGUUCGGCAUCCAUGAAGAAGAGGCAGCUGGACGAGCAAGCUGCCAGACCACCACAAAAGCUCAGGAAGCAUGUGCCCAGGCCCAGUCAGGCCAUGAUAAGUGCCUUCUACGACAAGCUGAAGGAAGCUCCUUUCAAGCCAGCGCUGUUAGCACUGGUACCAGGGUAUUCUGCUCCAUACGUCCCAGCAGAAGGGAGAUACAAGGAGGUACUCCUUUGCAACCUCUUCAAGGGAGGUCCUCUACCUCCAUGGGAGGACAUUGAGGACGACUGCGAGGCAUUCGCAAGCUCUUUGAAGGUUGACCAAGAGGUUGCAGACAAGAUUGAGGAAACCACACGGACACAGCACCGAUCAGCCAAGUGGUUCGCCUUCAGAUCGGGUAGAACGACGGCGUGCACCGCGAGAGCUGUGUGCCACACGUCAAUGGAUGCGCCAACACUGAGCCUCCUAAAGAAAAUAUGCCACCCGGAGAAGUGUGUAUUUCGGAGUCCUGCGACAACCUGGGGAAUCGAACACGAGGAUGAAGCUCCACAGCUAUACACCGAAGUGAUGGGACUGUCGCAUCCAAGCUUCACCUGUGUGAACAGUGGACUGUUAAUCUGCCCAGACUUGCCUUUUAUCGCAGCCACUCCAGAUGGGGCAACAGAGUGCAGCUGCUGUGGCCUAGGGCUCGUGGAGGUGAAGUGCCCCUACCUCCAAAGGCACUGCACACUAGACGAGCUGCUACUAUCUCUCCCAGAGUGCUUGGAGCGGGAAGAGAGCACUGGUGUGGUGUCACUGAAGACCACCCACACAUACUACUACCAGGUACAAACCCAGAUGCUUGUUGCAAAGAAGAACCACUGUGACUUUGCCCUCUGGACCAUCGAGGCAAUGUUUAUUGAGAGGGUGUAUGCCGACGCUGCCCUUCAUGACGAGGUUGUGAAUAAGUGCAAGACUUUUUUUGUAAAGGUGGUACUGCCGGAGCUGCUGUACAUGUUCUGGUCGCAGGCAGAAAUCGCGUCUGGAAACUAAAAAUUGACUACCUUCCAGCACAUGUUCAACUGAGUGGAAGAGAAUCAAAGAAAAAAUGUGAACACUAAAAAAAGAAAAACCA